GAAUGAGAACUACGCCUCCCAGGACGCCUCAGAGAGGCCGCCGCCGCGGGCGCCCUCUUCCCCGCCCUCCUUAUGCGCGGCCUUCUGGGAUGUGUAGUCCUAGAUCCGAUUCAGCACGGCAACAAAAGGGCGCGAGAGAACCACAAACCCCAGAAGCCCUCGCGCCCACUUGUCUCCCUCCCCUCCAGAAGUCGGAGUGCUGUUUUUGUUGUUGGUGAAAGGUGAGGGGAACAGCUGAUCCGUCUGUUGGGAGGAAAGAUAUCUCAAGGACAGGAUGGAAGAAUCACCACUAAGCCGGGCACCAUCCCGUGGUGGAGUCAACUUUCUGAAUGUAGCCCGGACCUACAUCCCCAACACCAAGGUGGAAUGUCACUAUACCCUUCCCCCAGGCACCAUGCCCAGUGCCAGCGACUGGAUUGGCAUCUUCAAGGUGGAGGCUGCCUGUGUUCGGGAUUACCACACAUUUGUGUGGUCUUCUGUGCCUGAAAGUACAACCGAUGGUUCCCCCAUCCACACCAGUGUCCAGUUCCAAGCCAGCUACCUGCCCAAACCAGGAGCUCAGCUCUACCAGUUCCGAUAUGUGAACCGCCAGGGCCGGGUGUGUGGGCAGAGCCCCCCUUUCCAGUUCCGAGAGCCAAGGCCCAUGGAUGAACUGGUGACCAUGGAGGAGGCUGAUGGGGGCUCUGACAUCCUGCUGGUUGUCCCCAAGGCAACUGUGCUACAGAACCAGCUCGAUGAGAGCCAGCAAGAACGGAAUGACCUGAUGCAGCUGAAGCUGCAGCUGGAGGCACAGGUGACAGAGCUGAGGAGCCGAGUGCAGGAGCUCGAGAGGGUUCUGGCAACUGCCAGGCAGGAGCACGCGGAGCUGACAGAACAGUACAAGGGAAUUUCGAGGUCCCAUGGGGAGAUCACAGAAGAAAGGGACAUCCUGAGCCGGCAGCAGGGAGACCAUGUGGCACGCAUCCUGGAGCUGGAGGACGACAUCCAGACCAUCAGUGAGAAAGUGCUGCUGAAGGAGGUGGAGCUGGACAGGGUUAGAGACACAGUGAAGGCCCUGACCCGGGAACAAGAGAAGCUCCUUGGGCAACUGAAAGAAGUGCAAGCAGACAAGGAGCAAAGCGAGGCUGAGCUCCAAGCGGCACAACAGGAGAACCAUCGCUUAAAUUUGGAGCUGCAGGAGGCCAAGAGCUGGAAAGAGGAGCAGAGCGCUCAGGCCCAGCGACUGAAAGACAAGGUGGCCCAGAUGAAGGACACCCUAGGCCAGGUCCAGCAGCGGGUGGCUGAGCUGGAGCCCCUGAAGGAGCAGCUUCGAGGGGCCCAGGAGCUUACAGCCUCAAGCCAGCAGAAAGCCACCCUUCUUGGGGAGGAGUUGGCCAGCGCAGCAGCAGCCAGGGACCGCACCAUAGCAGAACUACACCGCAGCCGCCUGGAAGUGGCUGAGGUCAACGGCAGGCUGGCUGAGCUCAGUUUGCACUUGAAAGAAGAAAAAUCCCAGUGGAGCAAGGAGCGGGCAGGGCUGCUGCAGAGUGUGGAGACAGAGAAGGACAAGAUCCUGAAGCUGAGUGCAGAGAUACUUCGACUAGAGAAGGCAGUUCAGGAGGAGAGGACCCAAAACCAAGUGUUGAAGACUGAGCUGGCCCAGGAAAAGGAUUCUAGCCUGGUACAGUUGUCAGAAAGUAAGCGGGAGCUGACAGAGCUGCGGUCAGCCCUGCGUGUGCUCCAGAAGGAAAAGGAGCAGCUACAAGAGGAGAAGCAGGAAUUGCUAGAGUACAUGAGAAAGCUGGAGGCCCGCCUGGAGAAGGUGGCAGAUGAGAAGUGGAAUGAGGAUGCUGCCACAGAGGAUGAGGAGGCUGCUGCGGGGCUGAGCUGCCCAGCAGCUCUGACAGACUCAGAGGACGAGUCCCCAGAAGACAUGAGGCUCCCACCCUAUGGCCCUUGUGAGCAUGGAGACCCAGGUUCCUCUCCUUCUGGGCCUCGAGAGGCUUCUCCCCUCGUUGUCAUCAGCCAGCCGGCUCCCAUUUCUUCUCACCUUUCUGGGCCAGCUGAGGACAGUAGCUCUGACUCGGAGGCUGAAGAUGAGAAGUCAGUCCUGAUGGCAGCUGUGCAGAGUGGGGGCGAGGAGGCCAACUUGCUGCUUCCUGAACUGGGCAGUGCCUUCUAUGACAUGGCCAGCACCAUCUUCCACAGAGCCCAAAUUGCCUUGCUUCCCCUCUCUCCUGCCCCUACCCCUUCCCCAGACACUAGGUAGGUACCUAGGAUCCUCCGGGGAGGAAGGGAGGUGACCACAGCCCCCAGGGAUAGGAGCAGAGAGAAGACUGGGGUCCAGCAUCCGUCAGGCUACACCGAAAAUGCUGUCCCUCUUCCCUGACUUCCCUGGGGGACCCUUAGGGAAGGGAAUCUACAGGGGUGGGUGUUUCCGGUACCAGAUUGUCACCUUCUUCCCUGUUUGGUAUUCCCAGGGUCAGCGGGGCAGGCACAGGGAAGAGAGAUUUGAUCAUCUAGUCCAGUUUUGCCUAGUUGUGAGAUGGGCUCAGGGCAGGGAGGGGGUGAUGCUGUCAUCCUUCCCAGCUGGAGCGGGAAGAUGAAGGACGAUGUCAGACUCAUUUUCAGCCUCAUUAGGCAGCAGACGGAGAUGGAGGGAGGAGAGCAGGAGGCUGGGGGAUGGGCUCUGCACUGCAGAGACAAGCAGGAGCUAAAGAGAGGACGUGGGGAACUGGAAAAACAAGGCUUCCGGGAUUGUGGGAGAAAGACGCUGUGGGAGAGGCGGGGAUGCUGCAUUAGGCACAAGAUCACCUGGGACCAGGCGCGUGGGUCCUGCUCCCUGAAGUCUGCAAGUCGAGAAGGGAACAGAGCACACCAACCCUCUCCCCUAACCCCUCUGUCUCUCUUAGUGGCUUUACAGUGGGUCCCCUGUCAGAAGCCAGCACUGGGGGCCCUGCCACCCCCACAUGGAAGGAGUGUCCUAUCUGUAAGGAGCGCUUCCCUGCUGAGAGUGACAAGGAUGCCCUGGAGGACCACAUGGAUGGACACUUCUUUUUCAGCACACAGGACCCCUUCACCUUUGAGUGAUCUUACUCCUUCACACAUGCACAAAUACACACACACACACACACACACACACACACUAGCUCACACACAUGCAUAUACUUAUGCCCAUUUUCUACCACACCAGGCUCCAUGAGAUUCUGCUCCCUAAGAACUGCUUCUGUGUGCCCUGCUUUCAUCCCAGGAUUUCUCACUUUAUCUUCUCCUGCCUGGCUCUUUUGUCCCAGGAAGGGGUCCUGUUCAGAAGCAGUGGCUGAAUUUACCCCCUGAAAGCGGUUUUGGAGGAACCAGGAUGGAGGCCUUCCCCUGUGGGAAUAGCCCUGGUUGCUGCUGAUACACAGCCACUGCACACACACACUCACACUCACACACACUCCUAUGUCUGAUGCCCCAAAGCCAAUUCCUGGGGCACCCCACCCUCUCUUACUUGGGGUUUCCGUUUGUUUACCUGAGUUUUCUCUGGGGCCUGCAUAGAGGCAGCAGCAUGGACGUCAUGGCCUCUCAGGUCCCUUUUGGUUCUCAGCUUUGUUGGUUCCUCCUUCUGUUCCCCCGUUGCCUUCUGUGCCCACCCCAGCCUUUUCCAUAGCCUUAGGUAUUCAGUUUGGAGGGUUUUUGUAUUUUUGAGGAUUCCUGUACUCUGUAUCCUGUUCUCACAUCUCCUCGCACGGAAAGAAAUGAUGUAUUUGUGCCUUCUGUGAGGGAUGUGGGGAAGAAAUGGUCCCAGGUAUCCCUAUUUCCCAGCCCCUCCUCCCUCUUCAGGUCCCCCCACAGCAAUAAGCUUCCCCCUAAUAUCCUUCCCUUUGAUCUGUAGUUUGAACAAAUAUAUUUAUAUGAUAUGUA